UCACUUCUCUGCGUUCCCCAAAAAAAUACACUGAGGUUCCCAAAAGCGGCAAAAUCCCAGAAAACUGAAGAACAAACCCUAAGCUCGGCAGAUGGAUUGUCCCUAUGGAUUCGCCAUUGCUGCCUUUGAUUCUUCGUUUCUCUCCCGAAAACCCACCUCCGUUCCUGUUUCCCCUUUCGGAUACCCGACCCAGGUCCGAUUCGGUCCCGUUAAGAUCCGCGCGAGGGUCGUCAACGACGGUCCGGUGAAGCAGGCGGAGCAGCGGUUGAGCUUCUACGACCUUCUCGGAGUUUCUGAAUCGGGAACGCUUCCGCAGAUCAAGCAAGCUUACAAACAGUUGGCUCGGAAGUAUCAUCCCGAUGUGUCGCCGCCGGAUCGAGUGGAGGAGUACACGGAGCGGUUCAUUAGGGUUCACGAGGCUUACGAGACGCUCUCUGAUCCGCGACGGAGAUCUCUCUACGACAGAGAUUUGGCUGAGGGGAUUCCAUUCACUUUCUCCGGCCGUCGGCGUUGCCGAUACGAUGAGCAAGCGAUGGAGGAGAAGGGAGAGUGGAAGAGCAGAUGGCAAGUUCAGAUCUCUGAGCUUAGAAGAAGAAGCUCUCGCAAAGAUUCCACAAGUGACAUGUCUUGGGCUUCGAGGAUGCGCCGACAACGUCAACACGUGUCCCAGGAUUCUUCGUAACACCAAAGUCCUCUUCUUGAUUCCCAUGGCGGCCGGAUUAUAUAUGUGUAUAUCUACUCCUCGCUUGCUUUAUGUAUAGUAAUUGUUUGUUGGUCACUAUAUAUAUAUUAUAUAUUAUAUGAAUUCAAUGUAUUGGGCUAACUGAAACGACAAAGAUAUAUUUAUAUAUUGAAAAAGAUGAAAUCGAUGAUUUUUCAA